UCUUGCUAAAGCAUUUAGUCUUUCAUGUGAGCUGCACGCUGUCUAGUUGAGCCUUCAGGGCCGGUUCAAACCCUGACCCUCUAAUCCUCAGUACUGUGACUCUCACAUGAUGCUGGAAUGCUGUGCCGUGGCCCACUCAAACUCGCUCCCUUCUCUACCCCUCAGCCGACCAGCAUCCAUCUCUGAGUGCUCUGGAGGACAUAACGCGUCCACUCCCGGUAUUUGGGAGGUAUGGGGUGGUUUCCGUCUUUUGGGAGAUUUUUCUUUUUCUGGGAGCAGAGGAAUCACUUCCAAAAUGGAGAGAACAAACCUCUAAUACCAAAGGGAGACGUAAAAAAAUCAGAAGGUACCUCAGCUGUCUCGUAUCUAGGAACGCAUGACAGUUCAGGAAGUCAGACCAGCUCGAGUUUAUCCAGCCAUGAAAGGUCAACCAGAGCUUCAUCUUGGAAUGUCUUCACUUCCCGUGUUCCCAGUCCAUCCAGUUGGAGCGACUAUAUUCUGAAGUAUCUCCUCAUCACGAGCAACCUGCUCUUCACUGUCCUGGGUCUGGUCACGCUAGUAGUAGGCCUAUGGGGCCUGAUCAAUAAAGAGUCCUUCGCUCAGGAGAAGAUCAGCGGUAUCGGCACGGACCCCAUGCUGCUCUUUGCGUUUCUUGGUUUGGUCCUCGCACUGCUGAGCCUGACGGGAUGCGUGGGGGCGCUGCGGGAGAACAUGUGCCUUCUUCGGACCUUCUCAGCCGCCGUGCUGCUCCUGGUGGUGGUGCAGGUUCUGGCGGCGGUCAUAGUUUACAGCCUGCAAGGCCAGAUUGUGGAGUACUUGCGCUCUGGCAUGUUGGCCGCCAUGGUGCGGUACCAGGACGACCUGGACCUGAGGUUCAUCACUGAUGAGAUCCAGACGGGCCUGCAGUGCUGUGGGGCAGAUACCUACAGAGACUGGGAAAUCAAUGUGUAUUUCAACUGUUCGGCUCCAGGGAUCCAGGCUUGCGGAGUGCCCUCUUCAUGCUGUGUAGAUCCCCUAGAGAACGGGACGGUGUGGAACACCCAGUGUGGAGUGGGCGCCCAACAGCUGGAUGAGUUCUCCGCUCAGAGUGUGAUCUUCCUGGGCGGCUGUUUGGGCAGCAUCUCCCGCUGGAUUGAGCACAACGGUGGAGUGAUUGUCACAGUAGUCAUAAUUCUGCUGGGGGUCCAGAUUCUCACUCUGUUUAUAACGACACAUCUGAUACAGAAGAUUCGUUGGAACAGAGCUCAGCAUGAUGUGUACUUACAAUCACUGCAAUAAAUGGACAAUAAAUGGAUGUUUUCAAUAACAGGAUAUUAUGCCAUAGGGAUUCUGAACCAGCCUGGAUUUAAUGAAUUCAUUUCAUCUGGCAUCUGGAGAUGUUAAGCUGUUUAUUCUGGAGACAAAUAGUCUAGGAAUUUUAUGAUAGCAUGUAAAAUCUUAAAGGCAUUACAAGGUUCAUAUUGGUUUUCAUUGUUUGUUUGUGAAUGUUUUCAUAAAAUACCUAUUCUUAGUUGGUAGUUGUUUAAAUGACCAAAUCUCAUGCUCUACACACAUACGCAAACAGAGUUUCUACCUACGCAAGCUUUUUGAAUAUUAUCACAUUUCGAAAUGUCUUAAAGUGCAAUUUAUAACGUAACACUAAGGUGCCCCAAGCCGCUCUAUAGUGAACAUUAUCAGGUUAACAUCAGUCAACUUAAAGUGUUAUUGCACCCAAAAAUGAAACUUAUGUCAUUAAUUACUCACCCACAUGUCGUCCCAAACCCGUAAGACCUUCAUUCAUCUUCGGAACACAAAUUAAGAUAUUUUUG